AUGUCACUAUUGUGCCUCAAUAGUGCUUCAGUUAUUGAAGAAUCAUCAACGAAGAAAGAAGAAACUGGAGUCAACGUGGAAGCUAUGUUAAAAGAGCAGAGAGCAAGCAUUUCCUCCUCUAGGUUGUCAACACCUUAUCCACGUGGCAUGAUUGUAAUGAUAGCUUCACUGGAAACAGACAACUGGUUUACAAUACAAGGAAAUGGUAUUGGUGAAUAUACUGGCUGGUACAUUUGUGAUGGAAGGAAUGGUACACCGGAUUUACGUGGCAGAUUUUUAGUAGGACGCGAUGUUUUUUCUUCUGAGUCAGAUUAUAGUGACGUAGGAAAAAUUGGUGGUACUUCACGUGUACAACUUAGUGAGAACCAGAUGCCUAGUCAUACCCACACUGAUAAAGGUCAUAGUCAUACAAUCAGUUUAAGUACCGGUGUUGCGGGCAGCCAUGCGCAUGACUAUGAUGACAUAUUCUUUAGCGAACAUUAUGGCAAUUCGGCUAACUAUGUCAGUGUACCAAGAAAUUUAGGAUCCAAGUCAAGUGAUCACGAUAAUGUAGGACAUCAAAUGCGUAGAACAACGUAUAGCGCAGGUAAUCAUCAACACAAUAUAGUUGGCAAUACGCUGAAUGGAGUGGCUUCUAUUGCUGCAUCAGGUGGGAAUCAGUCACACGAAAACCGUCCACCAUAUUAUGUCGUCAUUUAUAUAGUUUAUUUGGGUGUUUAA